AUGGCAUCACUCAACGGCGCCCCCGCGGACACUGUCGCGCCCGGCCAUGCCGACACGUCCAUUACCAAGGAGGGCUUCAAGAUCACGACGCGCAAACUGCCAAUCCUCAAGGCGGGGCCCAUUGAAGAAAUGACCAAAAAGUUGGGGAUUGCGCCACCAGAAAUGAUCUUUGGCGACAACAUAGUUCGGAUCGAUCAUGAACAGAGCGGCUGGUAUAUCGAGUUCAAUGCCUUUGACGCGCUGGACCGAGUCGACAAGACGGGCGAGAACAUGUUCAAGGUCGCCUAUUCCAAGGAAUGGCAGCAGAACCGGCAAAAGCAGUUUGAAGACAUCAAAGAAGUUGUCAAGCCCUUUGACUGGUCCUACAGCACCGACUACAAGGGCACCACCCCCUUGGCACCCGCAUUCGAGCCGACUGAGACGCAAAUACCCCUCGCCCUGCUCAAGCGUCCCGACCCGAUACACUUCUUCGAUGAGCUCGUGCUUUACGAGGACGAACUGGCUGACAACGGCAUUGCCAUGCUCUCCUGCAAGGUGCGCGUCAUGCCCCAGCGCCUGCUCUUACUUGUUCGCUUCUUCAUGCGCCUGGACGACGUGGUUUUCAGAAUCCGAGACACUAGGAUAUUCAUCGAGUUCGCAGACAAGGUCAUCUUGAGGGAGUAUACGGCGAGGGAAGAGAAGUACGAAGAGGUACGGAAGAAGUUGGCCGGCAGGAAAGAAGAUGUACUGGCUGCCAUGCGGGAUCCAAAUCGGUUGACCGAACAUGUACCUAUCGUUGAGCACAAACUAGAAGGACUACAACUAAAGUGA